UCGUGGUUGGUCGCGCGCAACAAAACUAUAUAUCGUUUUUGGUUGUUUAUAUAUUUAUUUGGGUUUACUUAUCGUUACAACUAACGCUCAGUUUUUUCUGGUUCUCUCGUUUUUUGGCCCAAAUUUUAUACGAAAAAAAAAACACAUAAAAUAAAAUAAAUAAUAAUUUCCAAAAACGAUAAACCAAAAAUAUAUAUACGGUGUGGAUCAUCAAUAAGCAUACAGUUUUUGAUUUUUCAUUUGUUGAAAAAUCGCAAUCUUCGAUUGAAAAUUACAUAUAGUUUAAUUGAAUACACGUGUGACCUGAGACCAAUCGAUACAACAGCCGUUUUGGAAAGCAUUUUUAUUGCGUAUUCUCACUGGAAGGAAGAGUUCACAAGUGAUUGAACAAAAUUGUGACUUAAAAAAACACAAUAUUUUAUUGUUAUUAAAGAAAAGAACGCAUUGUGUGAAACGGUGUUUAAUUGUCGCGAACAUCAUUGUCAUCAUCACCCUCAACAUCAUAAUCAAUAUUUAUAGCACAUUGUCGCAACGCAGCUCUGCAUUAUUGAUCUUAAAAAAUCGUCAAUUUGUGCAUAUUUCGGAGAAUUUUGUUAUCAAUCCACGCGGUCGAACAAUCCAUUUCUCUUUCACUGUUUGAAAGGUGUUAUUUGUCUCUCUUUGUGUGUAUGUGUGAGUGUUUCAUCAGUCACAGUGUAUAUUUUAACUAAUUACGCGAACAAUCAAAUGCAGUUUAAUCAAUUGGCGUGCUUUGAUUCACACAUUCUGGUGUGAAUUACAAUUAAAAACAAACAUUUUUUGCAUUAGUUAUUUGAGAUAUUUGUGAAAAAUCGGAUAUUAUAAUCGAUUAGAAGAGAUCAUUCAGCGAAGAUAAAUGAAUUUAUCCAACAAUUCACUCAACCAGGAUAAAUUCAAAGUGUAAACGGAAUUCCGUCGCGUGAACUUAAUAAAAGUGAUGUGUUUGGCCAUUAAUUUGAUCAAGUGAAUUCCGAUGAAGAAUGAGGACACUGAAGAAGGGAACAAUUGAUGUCGAUGAUUUUUGAUUUGUUUUAAAAUCAUCGUAGUGUGAAUUCGAUAAAGUGUAUUUGUUUAUUUUUUAUAUUCAACUGUUCCGGAACUUACGUUGCAUGAGAUUACUCAACUGUAUAUACAUGCCGGUUAUAGAAUUUUUAUUUUGAAUGUUUUAUGUGCAUAUAUAUAUGUCAACUGAACUAGCUGGGGUCAUUCUUUAAAACCAGUGGUGACUAUAAAUCGAAACAGAACGAAAAAUAUUAUUAGAACGGUCACCGAAAAAUCCUUUCAACAACAACAGCCAAAUAAUAAUAUUCAUAAAAGUGUGUAUAGUGUACAAUAUAUGGUUGAUCGCAGUGCGCUCUUAACACAUUUCGAUAUUGUAGCCAUCACGUGUAAAUGCUCUCUCAUUAUCCAGCCGAUUUGGAUAUAGUAUUUCGCAGCAGGUAGUCCAUAAUUCUCACCAAAAUCGAGUUGAAGCAUAAAGAAGAGAGACUUCAAGAGAAAAAGAGAACAAGUGAGAACGAAAUACAAGAAAAGAAUAGAAAAACUAACAGAGAAAAACGUCAGCAAAGAAAUAAAUAGCGAAAAUCAUCAUCGAUCGAGCCGACCGAUCGUGCGAAGAAGCAAAGAGAAAGCAAAAAACGAGAGCAAAACGCACGUCAAAGACACAAGAGUUUCAGAACAUAAAGGCAACGGCAGCAAAAACAGCAUCCGAAAAAGAAUCGAAUAGUUUUCAAAUCGUCAGUUGUUAUUAAAACGCAGCAUCACCGCAUCAUAAAAAAAGGUGUCAGAAGUAACGACUUCAAAUUCAAAAAACCGAUUUCGAGAAAUAAGGCGCAUUUUGUGAUUUUUUUUACGCUGAACUGAACUUGAAGAAGUGCAUUUCGCCAAUUUUGUGUGAAUUGUCCGAAUUUUGUGAGAUUUUUUUUUUUUUGAUUGAUAAUACUUUUCUUUGUGUGAACAAACGAGCGAGUGAUUUGGAAAAUUUCUCGCAAAUUUUUUGAACGGAUUUGAAAAAAAGAGUAUCGAGUAAUAGAUUGGCCAAAGGCGACAAUUGUUGUUUGACAAAAUAUUGUUAUUGUGUUUUGUCGUGUAAUACGUCGAUCAGUGUAAUUGGAUUGGAUUUGUUCUGCGUGGCGCCGUUUUUAUAGAACAGCCUAACCAUACAUUUAGAUAAAGUGGCAACGAUCAGCGGCAACACGCUCAACUUCACAGAUUUGGGAAGCCCUUACGAGGGCAACCCAGGAACACCACAUUCCGGCAUCAUGGAUACGCCGGACGUGCCGCAUACACCAAAAUAUUUGGACGGUGGUACUGUUGCAACCGCCGCCUCAAAUAAAUCUGCAUUCGUCGAACUGCAACAGCACGGAUAUGGCGGUAUCCGAGGCAGCUAUCAACACUUUGGCGGCCAGGGUGGACAAGAUUCGGGUUUUCCAAGUCCUAGAAGUGCGCUGGGUUAUCCAUUUCCGCCGAUGCAUCAAAAUUCAUAUUCAGGUUAUCACUUAGGGAGCUAUGCGCCACCAUGUUCAAGCCCACCAAAAGACGACAAAUGCGAGGAUACAGGAUUACGGGUAAAUGGAAAAGGCAAAAAAAUGCGCAAACCACGAACCAUAUACAGUUCAUUACAAUUACAACAAUUAAAUCGACGGUUUCAACGAACGCAGUACCUAGCAUUACCAGAACGUGCUGAAUUGGCAGCCAGUUUGGGAUUAACACAAACACAAGUGAAAAUUUGGUUUCAAAAUAGACGAUCAAAAUACAAGAAAAUGAUGAAAGCAGCACAAGGACCAGGCGUUGGCGGUGGCAGCAGUGCUGGUGGAAUGCCGUUAGGGACACAAAAUCCAGGUUCUCACAGUCCAAAUCAUCAAACAAUGCAUCCAGGCGCACCUGGUUCAAGUGUUAGUGGUUCACCUUCUCAUUUUCUACCUCCAGGUCAGAGUCCAACACCAUCGAGCACACCAGUAUCCGAACUAUCGCCAGGAUUAAGUCCACAAACUCAAGCACCUUGGGAUCAAAAACCGCCACAUUGGUCUGAUCACAAGCCUCCACAAAUGCAGACGCAUCAACCGCCUCCACAAUCACAUCCACCACCUCAAAUGGGCGGCUACAUGCCACAAUAUUGGUAUCCUGAAACGAAUCCAUCACUAUUAACGUAGAGUAUGGCCAGCAGUUUAACAUGAAUGAAAUCAUAAAUUAACCUAAAACUUCGUUUUUUUAAGAAAUCAAACAAAAAAUUUAAAAGUAAAACAAGAGAAAUGAGCAUAAACAUACACAACAAAAAAAAAUCAUAAUAUUAAACUUUAGAAAUUGGUUGGUGCAAAAGAGUGAUGAAUGUUAAUAAUUAGCCAAGUAAACAGUAAAACAUGGUGUGUUAAGUGAAUCGAUAUCGUAGUAUAAAAAACAGAAUAAUACACAAAAAAAACUGAUCUUGAAAAGGUAUAAAAGGAUCAAAAAGUAAUUGCAUUAAUGUAAAAUCACAUCUCAGCCAUCAAAGAAAUGAACAGAGAGAAAAAUGAUAUUUUUUUUUGUUUGAGUAAGAGGGGAAAAUGAAAGAGAAAAACUGAAUGUUAUUUAGGAGAUAAUGUUGAGUUUUUCCUAUUUUUCAAAAUGCACUCGAUACCAGUUUGAAAUGAAAGAGCCAGAGCGACCGACAAGAGAUACAUAACAUAUGCCACACGCAAGUAUACAUAAUGCAAUGAAUUAUUUAUUUAGCUAAAAAGAACAAAAAAAAUACCCUUUUUGAAUCGAUUAUAAUCAUCAUUGGCCAUUAAAAAACUAUCGAGACACAUUUUUAAUGAAAAUUCUUCUCUUAAAAUUAUCUAUAUAGUAUGGAAUAACAGUUCUUGAUAAUAAAUUCAGAUUUUUUUUUGUUAUUUUGUUUUGGAUCGAUGGAAAUGGUUUGUCUUGGGGUGGAUGAAACAUGCGGUUUUCAUUCUUUUUUUACCAAAUCAGUUUUUCCAAUUCAUUCACAAAAUAGAAACCUAGAAUACAUACAAAGAAUUUCCGAAUGAAUCUGAAGAGUUGAGAAACAACAAAAAAAAUGUAAAACAAAAAACACACUACAAACUAUACGAUCUCAAUGUUAUUUGUUUUAUGUUUUCUCAAAACUAAUGAACAAAUCAAUCGGAAAAGAAAAAAAAAACAAAAUAAUUUUAUGUUGAUUUCGUUUGACAUACGAAACACACUUAACAUUCGACAUUAACUUUAAAAACGGCGAAAAAAUAGUAUUCACAACAACAACAAAAAAAAACUAUCUAAAAAUGUCAUUUGAAAGAAUGUAAAGUAAAAAAUCAAAUGGAUUUAUCAAUCCAUAGUGUACAUGAAAAUGCAAAUUAUAUAUGUAGUUUUCAGCUUAAAUUUUACUUUUUCUCUCCCGUCGAUUUCGUUGGUUUAGGAAAAUUUGAUAUUUCUCAUAAACAUUUGAUUUAAAUACACACAUAUACAUAAUAUGAUGAUGAUGAAAAGUAAGACAUUCAGAAAGAAGAGAAAUAAAAACAACGGUUUAUCUAUAAAUAAACUAUACAUAAACAAAAUGACAAAAGAGACAAUUUUUUUUUCAAACAUAAAACCUAGAAUUAAUGUCAAAGUACUAGUAGGCAUAAUAAAUGAUAGUUUUUAGCGUAAGUACUAAUAAAAAUUCAAUAAAUUGAUAAGAUGAAAAGAAGAACAAAACAAAAAGGAACACAAACACACACAUAUACAUACAAAACAAUUGAACAAAUGACGCGAC